AUGAAGAAGGUCUUUGGGUUCAACUUAGUUGGUAAGCGAAGCAAACCGGCAGACUUUAACGCCAAGAAGAGUUGGACCGAGCUUUCUCUCCAUACAUCUUGGGACCCACGCGGCAUGCCGAAUGGGCUCAUUCAAGACUUGGCCACAACUGUUGUGCACAGGUUCAUAGGAGUGAAGGUGUGUUCUAUGACCUUCUUACAAGACUCUCUACAAGAUAUUGCACUUAAUCAACGUGCCAUUCCGGCUCUCAGCCAUGUUGUUACGCACAGGCUAAACAUUUCAGAAUCCCUGCUUAACCCGUCUUUAUUGACGCAACGUGGUCGGUGGAGGGCGCUCCAAUGCGAUGCCCUAACGAGCAUGAGCUCAAACAGGCCGAUCUCAUUUAGAACUGAACCACCCCUCAGGAGUAUACGAAGCGUAAGGCUUACGACACCUAUUUCAAGAAAAUCAAAGGCAAUGAGGCGCUUAACACUAAUCAGACCGGGACAUCCCGGCAAUCAUCGGAUGAUGACGAGCAUGAGCAGAUGCAUAUAG